UUUUCUUUCAAAUUCAAUUUCUCUCCCGCCAAUUUCUAUUUGAAUUGUCCAAUUCAAAGCUUAGCCACCAAGCGUGCACACGCCCAGUCUGACAAACACAGAUAUGCAAACAGUGCGUUAUCAAAAUGCUCAGUACAUCCAUACAGUCCAUUAGUUCUCCAUUCCCUCCCCAGGCUCACACGCUCCAGUGCCUCUCGACGUGACGGCGAACACAACAUCCAGGACAGCUCCUACCGUCUGAUCCUCACCCUGAAACAUGGCCUUCAUCCUAACCUUAGCGGUGCUGCUCAGUGUUACAGGCUGUGCGGAGCUGAUCACCGUCACCUCGCCCCAGAGGUAUGUGAACGUGACGGUGGGAGGGUCGCUCCUUCUCCAGUGCUCCUUCAUCAGCACCACCAAGGAGACCACCAAUCUCGUCGUCAUGUGGAACUUCGUGGAGAAAUCCUCCAGCAGCCUCAAGCAGAUCUACUACUCCCAGGCGGAUCAGGACGUGGUCCCCCCGGAGUACAAGGGCCGCCUCUCCCUGCCCCCCUCCCACGGCACCGGCGGAAACGUCUCCAUCGGCAUCAGCAACAUGCAGACGGUCGACUCCGGACUCUACACCUGCGAGGUCCGCAACUCCCCCGACAUCGGCGGCAGAACGGAGGCCAGCAUCAUCGUUCAGGUGCUCGAGCCCCCGUCGGCCCCGUUCUGCGCCGUGCACGGAGACGUGGCCGUGGGCCACCUGGUGACCCUCACCUGCCACAGCGAGAAGGGCAGCCCCCCCCCCACCUACACCUGGGUCAGGCUGGACCAGGCCCGGGCCCGGCAGCCCAUCAUGGCCCGAGUGACUCCGACUGGAAUCCUGGAGAUCCGGAACAUCUCUGAGUUCAAGUUCGGGGAGUACCAGUGUACCUCCACCAACGCCGUGGGCACCUCCACCUGCAAGGUGGAGCUCAGCCAGGAGGCGGAGGACGGGGUGAUCGCGGGCGCGGUGAUCGGCGCUCUGUUGGGCUGCCUGCUGAUCGUCCUGGUGGUCUGGUUCAUCGCCCACCAGGUCAAGAAGCACCACUACGCUGCCGUCAAGACCCCGGCCGCCGAGAUGAAGGGGAGUAGUCGUCCGCCUCCUGCGACGUCAGCCGUUUCUAUGGAAAUGUCGUCUCCCAGCCACGACAGUACCCAUGGUGAUGAUGACGAGGCGCGCGCUUGAAGCCCCCCGUACCAAACCUCGCGGGGACGUGCAACACCGUGGUUGUUUCUACAGGCACUGAUGCAUCGGGGUUAUUGUUUCUGUUUUUUUGUACGUGUUUUUAGUUUAACAGUAAUGAGUUUUUCCUGUGAUUCGACAAUAUUUGAAGAGAAGCCAUUGUCGGUGUCUUAACAUUUAUUUUGCAUUUACUUCCAUGUAAAAUGAUUUAGGCCUACAAUUAUUUUCUAUUCCGUGUCCAAAAUUUGGCCUUCAUUUACAUUUAUAAAUGUUGUCCUAUUUGCAUGUGCAUAGUAAAUGUUAGUUCGACGGAUGAGGCCUAAAUGAGAAUAUGAAUCAACAUUCCUCCACUUAGUGUCCACGUGACAUAACCUCGCAGUCAGCUUUGAACUUAUGACAGCGCGUCGGACGACCACGUGGGCUGCUUUUACAACCGAUAACCGCAGAAUGAGAUAAGAUGAUGAACGUUAAGGUCCCAUGAUAAGAUGAUAAGAACGUUAAGGUCCCUGCACGGCAGCUUCAGCGAC